GACAUGGAUGUGCCGUGUGCUCCAUCAGAGCUUGGGCAGGAACAACGCGGGGGUGGUGCGGCGGGGGGGGAGGGGGAGCUGGACCAACACGGGGAGCGAACAAAACAGCGAGCCGUGCCGCUGGCUCGUGCUGCUUCAAGCGACCCUCCCCCUGCCCAUUGCACGGGACCGCGGCUCUGCCGAGUCUCCCUCCUGCCUGGGGCGGGGAGAGCGUACUAAGUGGCAGGGGCUGGCAGGGGAGCGGCGCGAGAGCCGAUUUCCCCGCCCCCUUCAGCGAAGCCUUUGGCUCGGAGCGCGCGAGCUGCCCCCUGCCACGGGGCCACGGCGGCUGCCCUGCAGGGAGAGAGCUGGGCGGCGCGCCCCGGGGCUGCGGCGCCCGGCAGGAGGGGGCCGAGGUAGCACAGUCCGGCUCCGGGCUCUGAGAGUCACUUCCCACGUCCGAGCAGGACAGAAAUGGAAACAUACCCAUUUGCCUGCUGGGUUUCAAGAGGGCACAGAAACAGUUAAAUUGCCUUCAGCAAGACUGUUUCAUUCGAACCAAAUUCCCAAGGUCGACAGGAAUGGCGGUGAUGUCUGUGGUGGCUGCAAAGGAUGUCGACAGACCCACAACGGGAACUGGAACAAUAUACAAGCACCAAUAAAUAUUGUCAACAACAACCGUGUACAGUGACGUCACAUACUGCACCACACCGCAAGACUCGCGGAAUGUACGGACAGCAACAACUACAAUACGCACACACAUCGGCACUUACUCAACCAAUCACUAUGUACUCUUAGAAGCUUUAAGGUGGACAUUACAAUUAUGGUGACCAUAUUUUCUGAAGCAAAAUUAGGGUAACAUUAGCCACACACCCUGACUCCCAUUAGCCAGGCCUCUGGAGGUAACACUCUCGGGAUCAGAUAGACACAUGACCAGAAGUAAAAGGUGU